AUGGUUGUCAAUAGACUCACGGGUACGCUUCCCCCGGAUAUGUUUACUAAUUUGACUAGUUUAACAACCCUUUUCUUGGGAGGGAAUCUCUUGUCUGGCCGCAUACCACCAUCUAUAGGCAAUGCAUCGAGCUUAACUCACGUCGACCUCGCAAACAACAGCUUCCAUGGCCAAAUCCCAUGGCUGGGGAACCUACCAAAUAUUCAAAUAUUGAGCUUACAGUAUAAUCAACUGGUUAAUGAUGGACCAAGUGGCAUGGAUUUCCUAACUUCUUUGGCAAAUUCUACCCAACUUCAAGUAUUUUCGGUGGCUGGAAACUGGCUUACCGGUAGGCUUCCAUCUUCCAUAGGCAACCUCUCCAGACAACUUUCAUUGUUGGUGAUGAACAACAACUUUUUCGAAGGAAAUUUAGCCGAAGAAAUAAGCAAUUUGGUGAACCGUCUUCAGUUGCUAUACCUGUCACUUAACUUGCUUAAUGGUACCAUACCGAGUGAUAUAUUCGGAAUCUCGAGUUUCAGUAUGGUCUUGAACCUCUCUUUCAAUUCUUUAACUGGAUUUGUUCGUUCUGAAAUCGGGAAUCCAAAUGUGAUUCAAGCUAUCGACUUCUCGAGCAACGAAUUAUCAGGGGAUAUACCUUUCACCAUUGGAGAUUGUCCCAUACCAAAUUCUCUAGACAAACUGAAAGGUAUAGAGUAUAUUGACCUCUCUUCGAAAGAGCUCGCCGGUAACAUCCCGGCUUCUUUGGAAUCUUUAAGGUUAUUGCAAGUUUUAAACCUGUCCAGGAACCAACUAUCAGGGGAGGUUCCAAGAGCAGGGAUUUUCCGGAACUCGACAUCUGUUUUCCUUUCCGAAAAUCUCAAGCUUUGUGGUGGAGUACCCGAUUUAGGACUACCGAGAUGUGAUUCUCCUGGAAAAAAGUCCAGUGGUUCGAGGUUGAGAAUUGUACUUAUAGCCUCGUUUGCAUCGGCUGCAUUCAUCAUUGCUUCCGUAACUAGAAAGAAAGAUCCAGGCCUUCGUCAGGUUAAAGAGGAAGCUGAUUCACCGGAGAAUCAGUUCGGAAUAUUUGAUUGGAGAGGGCAGUUUUGGAUCAGUUUACAAGGUGUUUUCAAUGAUGGAAGUUUGGCAGCUAUCAAGGUCUUUAAAAUGGGAAUACAUGGAGCUUCCAAGAGCUUUCUAGCCGAAAGUGAAGUUCUUCGAAGUAUCCGACACCUGAACCUCGUUAAAAUCAUAAGUAUAUGUUCGGCUGGCGAUUUCAAGGCACUAGUACUUAAAUUCAUGCCAAAUGGAAACUUGGAGCAGGUGCUUCACCCAAGAAGUGAAGACUCUGAGGUAGUAAAAGCUCUUGACAUGAACCAGAGAUUGAAGAUAGCACAAGAUGUUGCAUCAGCACUGGAGUAUCUGCAUCACGAUCGUGAAACACUCGUCGUGCACCGCGAUCUCAAGCCGAGUAACGUUCUCCUGGAUGAAGAAAUGUCCGCUCAUGUCACCGAUUUCGGACUCGCAAGAAUCCUACUAAAAAAUUCACCCAAUGCUCAUCUUAGUAGUUCCCUUGGACUAAAAGGUUCAAUUGGCUACAUGGCUCCAGAAUACGGCAUGGGUGCUGGUGUAUUGACAAGAGGCGAUGUCUACAGUUUUGGCAUAGUGAUCCUUGAGAUGUUUACCAGGAAAAGGCCUAUAGACAAUAUGUUCAGUGGAGACAUGGAUUUGCAGAAAUGGAUUUUGAUGCAUCUUCCUGGUAAUUUCCACGAUAUAGUCGACCGUGAGCUUAUGCAAAAAGAAAGGCAGCUGGCGCCGGCAUAUGAUGACGGCAUCGGCGGAAUGUUGAAAAUUGGAUUGAUGUGUGCAAGGAAAUCGCCUGAUGAACGACCAACUAUGAGGGAAGUCUCUGUCAUGAUAAAAAAUGUCAAGGCCAGCUUAUCAGAAUAACAUAU